GUCGUCUUCGUCUUUGACAACCCCGUUGCGAUGUCAAAGAAGAAAUCCGACAAGCAAACACCUGUACCCUCUACCUCGCGUGAGCUCGUACGUGUUGGCGCCAGACACGUACAGGUUACCAAGCAUGGCGGCAAGCGUACCGAUGAAGGCAAGAAACCCUCAACAGAACGCGCUCUGAUCCUCAGGAACGGCAAGUAUGGCUCCCAGGGCACUGGAGAGAUGGUGGUCUCUGGCAAGAUUAGCGGCAGAGAGAAGCUCGAUCUCAUUGCAGAGGACUUGAUCAACCAGUCGCGCUCUGCAGUGAUGUCUCCGCUAAACAUGGAGAAGUGUAUCAAGAUUGCUGAUUCUCAGCUCAACGCGUACUUGGACGACAUCAGCGAUUUGCAGGAUCCUGAGUUGUUCAAGUCAAAGAUUGACAAGGAAGUAACAGCUCGCACAUCACGCAACGGUCAGUGGAAUGAGGUCGAUGCUUCGCAGGUUGCUGUGACCGUUGCUACUAGGAUCCAUAAUUCGUACAUGGUUGCUUCUGCUUGGAAGAUUACCUUGGACCUACUCCGCAGCAUUGAAAAAUCGGGACUGUCCGCGAAGAAUGCACAGGGACAACUCAAGAAGGAUGAGACUCUCCGCACUCGAUAUCUCGCUCUGCUCGACUUUGUGAACGAGCUUGUUGGAGUGGAGCAAAGAAACUUCUCCACAUUGGCAAAAAAUGCUCCUCACUAUCAACGCUACUUUAACACUGUGCAAGGUGUUAAGGAAGGAGAGCCCGAGGUGUCCUUCGAUUGGGGGAGUAUGAAGGAUGCCUGCAAAUCGUUUCUGGAUUCUAUCAUUGUUGAGUUAUGUUUCCCUCGGGCGCCUUAUCCCAAGCGCAUCCUGUAUGCCAUUCUACAUGACGCAAUCGACGAAUCCCCAUGGGAAGCCAAGAGGUUCCCGCAGUUACUUUGGGACGCCGUUGGCGAGCUUUCGGUUACUCUUGAGCUGCAAGAACUAUUGGAAAGUCCUCUCCUUGGCCCCGAGGGACAGAAGAUUAAGGAGUACCCCCAUCAAAUGGCUGAAGCACAUGAAGCGUGGCACGAUGCUCAGAUCUAUUCGACUCGGGCAUUGGCGCUUGCUGAGAACUUUCAGAAUCUUGCCUUUCCGCUGGAAAAGACACAGAAUGCGGCAGGUUUGGAAAACUUAUGGAAAACGAUUAACGAGAACUACAAAGCUGUAUGCGGUGAAAACCUUGACACAGUGUGGCACCUGGAAGAAGCUCUCAAAAGAACGCCCCAAUGGACAGUCGUGUUUGUUCCAAGGGCAAUUAGGAACGCCGGGGACGAGAGUGACCCCGAAGUUACUCCAGGCGCUCUUGUCAAGGCGCGCAAGCCAAAACGUGGUGCUCUCACUUACAAGAAGACCCAGAAGAAGAUGCUUGCCAUUACAGACGGCCGCGCCGAAGAGAGCGACGAUUCCAUGCCCUCUUUGCAAUCUGUUUCAGACUCGUCAGACGAAAGCGACUGGGACGACGAAAGUGAAUCAGAAUCAGAUGGGAACGAGGAAGAGGAAGACUGGUUCGAUGAUGACGAUGAUGAAUCGGGAUACGACUCCGAACAGCAAGAAUUGAUGAAAGGGAUGGAGCGGGAGGCCAUGGACGCUGCGAUGGCAAUCCCAGAGUUCUUCGAUCCCAAGACAGAGGUGCCCGAGUUCGAGGCGCUGGCUGAGGAAAGGAAAACCAAUCCAUUCCUGAAGCUAUUGGGAUCCUUACGAGGGCGCAUGUUUUCAUCGGACUCGACAAUGACCUCCACCACCCGUACAGAACCUCGAACUGGGUUGUUUAGGAAGAAGCCUGCGGCAGCUCCCGCUGCUCCGAAGCCAUCCCAAAAACCGGCUCCUAAGCCCUACCAGUUAGAUUUUGAUCUUUCAAAGAUCCCUGAGGAUGAGCUACCCCCUCUCCCGCCGAUUCCAGGUCCUCGCAAGAAACGGGUUCCUCAGCUAAGGCCGGCUCCAUCAGACACAGGUCCUACGCUAUCUGUUCCCCAGCAACCUCAGAGCCAGAAGGCUACCGUUGAAGAGGUAGAGGACGAAGAUGCGGCAUCAACCACCAAGAAGAAGAAAAAGAAAAAGUCUAAGAAGAAGAAGAGCGAGAAUGCCGGCCUAGAUACCGUGGCGGAGGACGCACCUACACCUGUGCCCGCGUCAAAGCCUCCUGCCCCAACACAGAAGCCAGCGCCUACCAAGGCGACAAGCCCUCCUGUAACAAGCCCUGCGAAGAGCCCAGCGAAGAAGACACCUCCAUCUGUCUCGUCGACAAGCGCGUCCAUGGCGUCUCUCACCCUCGAGCGAACCCCUACGGUGCAAUCCGGACACUCUUACCUCGCGGGCAAGGAGGUGGCGAAGGAAAAGAUCAAAUCACGGCCUGGUCAUGCUUCCCUUUUCUCCACAAAAGGAUUCCUGAAUAGGGACGGGAAAGAGAAAAUAGACGAAGAGCCGGAGGGGGGCAGGAAGGGAGGAUUUUUUGGUAAUUUGAGCAAGAAGGCGACCGGCUUGAUGCACCAACUACUGAACACAUCGGAGGAUACGACGAAGGGUAUCAAACCGAUGAAAUGGGAAAAUUUCGUUAGGGUUAUGCUUGAGAUGGGCUUUGAGUACGACCCCAGUACCGCAGGCUCAAGUGUUCGUUUCGACCCACCGGGCGGAAAAGAUCGAUCGAUUUCCUUCCAUAAACCACACCCCGACACUACCAUCGGCCCUAUCUUACUCAAAGAGUGGAGCAAGAAACUGAAAAGAUAUUACGGCUGGAUGGAGGAAGACAUCCUGCAAAAGAAGACUGACGAUUAAUCCAAUUGUUUGCACUUUAACGAUUCGGCUGUAUGUUGUAAAAUGUUUGAAUGCAUGAUCUAUCAUACC